CUAUCAAUCUAAAUGGGGAAUUUCAUGAACUACUAACUAGCAACGAGUUUCAUAUAAAACGACUGACCGAGAGUUACGGCUUCAGUAUCAAAUCAAAAAUGCAACCAAGUAUUCUAUUACUCUUAUUGGGCUGCGUUGGCUUUGCCAAUUCCCUUGGCAUCAACCUAGGAUUUUUAAAUCCAUCAAGGGAUUCUGAAACUGGUCCAUUGAAUUUGAUAUUACGUGACCUUAGGGAGGCUACGAAUGCGGAAAGAGAUUUCUCGCAAUUCUUAUUAAAUGAACAACAGCCUGAUAGUAUAACGAAUAAUUCUGGAGAUGUCAGUACGAGAAGCUGGGUGCCACUACCAACUCUUGCUCCAACUUUUAAAACGAGUCCAGCCCAAGUCUCUGGGGAGAUAUAUCCCAAAAAUGAACCCAAUCCUACGGUCGAUGGCGAACCAGUUCCCUUGGGUAUAGGAGUAAGAUUAAGUUCACAACUUUUGAAAAUUUUAACCAUUUUGGGUUAGCAGAAUAACAUCACUUUACAGGUUUAAGAAAACUUAGUUUGAAAAUAAAAGUGGAAUAGUCUUAAAAAUACAUUUGGAAAUAAGAGAAAGAUCAAAAUGUUAUAAUCCUUGAAUACCAAUAAAAAAAACCUUCUUCAAAAA